AUAAAAAAAAAAUUGAGUUAUACAAAACCAAUAAAAACAAUUCAACCCUUACCUCACCCACUCCCACAACACACAUAACAAUAUCUAUUUUGAGUUUUAGACAUUGUUGUUGUUGUUGUUGUUGCCCCCUUUCCAAGUUCAACGUUGUUUACAAUGAAAGCUACUUUCAAGGGCAAGUACGACUCUGACAAAAACGCCGGCGCCUCCGCAUCUUUCGCCUUUCGAGCUGGCGAUGCUAGGCUCAGAGCUUCCAUGACCGAAGCCACACUCGUUGGUGGUCCGAGCUUGAACGGCUUACUUCUUUCUAUCGAUAAGCCUGGUUCUUUUAUUAUCGAUUACAACGUCCCCAAAAAGGAUUUUCGAUUUCAGUUCAUGAACACAAUUAAGGUUGCAGAGAAACCAUUGAAUUUGACUUACAUUCAUAGCAGAGGUGACAAUAGGACUAUAUUGGAUGGAAGUCUUAUCUUUGAUUCAGCUAAUAAGGUUUCGGCCAAUUACAUGUUUGGGACGGGAAAUUGCAAGAUGAAGUACACUUACAUUCAUGGUGGGGUGACAUCAUUUGAGCCAUCUUAUGAUUUGAUCAAGAAUACUUGGGACUUUUCUGUGUCUCAGAAGGUUUAUGGGGAUGAUGUGUUUCGGGCUUCGUACCAGACAACGAGCAAGAUGUUGGGGUUGGAGUGGUCAAGGACUUCAAAGAUAAAUGGAUCUUUCAAGAUUUCAGCAUCAUGCGAUUUGGCUGCAGAAGUUAAGGUACCAAAAUUAACCGCUGAGAGCUCGUGGGAUAUUGAGAUGUGAGAAACUUUCUAAUUCAUAAGCUUGUCGCUUGUUUUCCUUUGAACAUCUUCAAUUGAAUGCUCGGACAUCACUAUGCCAUUAAUUGGUGUAUUUCUAUUUAUGGGGCAUCUUCGUGCCAUCUUCGAUUAAAUAACAACUUAUCUUUCAAAA